GGGGGAGAGGGAGAUCAGGCUUAGGAAAGAAAUAAAGGAGGGGAGGGGAGUAAAGGGUUUGGGGGGAAAAGAGCUGAGUUGGGGGUGGAGUUAGGGCCAACAUUCAAAACUCAGCUACCAAAGACUAUUUAGUAGUCUGGGAUUUUUUUCCAUUUUAAAUUUUGGAGUUUAGGAAGCUCUGGGAGUCUGAGGGGUUGGGAAAUUACAGGUUGAAAAAAUUCAGGAGAAUCACUGGUGUUCUUUCUAAAGUAUUCUGUCUGAUCUUUUUCUUUUUCUGUUAAAUGGAGGGAUCAGACCCAUUGUAAUCCUACAACUCAUGCUCUUCCAGUGCUUUAAGACUAACAAAGUACUUUACCACAACAACCCCUGUGAGGUAGUUAGUGUGAGCAUUGUGAUCCUCAUCUCAUUAUGAGGAAAGGAGUUCAGAGAGUUGUAUGAAGCAUUUCAUAGCUAGUGUCAGAGGCAGGAUUCAUAUCCUGAUAUAUCUUCCCAAAACCUCAUACCCUGCUACACCAUGAAGAAAUUUUGGAGUCAAGAAGAUGUAGGACAUAGGCUGAUCACUUCUCUCAGUGACUCAGCCAGGGAAACUCCAAGCCACCUAAAGUCCCUGGCUGGGAGCUGUGUUCCCCUCCUCCACUCUGUCUCCCCCGCCCCCCGGAUGUCCACCAUGGAGAGCAAGGGUGAGAUCAGCGACACAGACAGCGGCAUCAUCCUGCAGUCUGGUCCUGACAGCCCAAUUUCCCCAAUGAAGGAGCUGACCCAUGCAAUGCGGAAGCAGCAGCGAGCUCUGGAAGAACAUCUGGAGUUAUGUCUGGAAGAGUUAAAGAAACUCUGUCUUCGAGAAGCAGAGCUGACAGGCAUACUGCCACAGGAGUAUCCCCUCAAACCAGGAGAAAAGGCUCCUAAAGUUCGGCGGAGGAUUGGAGCAGCUUACAAACUGGAUGAACAGACCUUGCGAAGAGAGGAUCCUCUGAGCAGCCUGGAACAGGAGCUGGCGCUGCAGCUGCAGAUCGCAGAGGCCGCCCGGCGUCUCUACAAAGAGGAGAACCUCACUAAACAGAUCCGAAGGCGGAGGAAGCAUGCCGUGCUGCAAGAGGAGAAGAAGCUCCGGGAGCUAGAACACAGCCUCCAUGAGCGUAGGCUGAGUAGUGGGUGUACACCCCUUUCUCCUGCCACCAUGCUCAGGGGAGAGCUGAGCACUUCUGAUGACAGCUCCUUGUCUGACGCAGUGCUAUUGGAAGAAGAAGAAGCCCAAUUGCCAAAACCUGUUCCAGAGUCCCCGGCACCGCCUACCAGGGCCCUCCCACCCCAGCGGCUCGAAGGGCUGAAGCCAGCAGGGCCUGAGAUAGGGGGUCCAGAGCGCUCUCCAAUCCAGAAUAGCCCCUGGAAGGAAACUAGUUUGGACCAUCCGUAUGAGAAGCCCAAGAAAUCCCCCUCAGACCUCGAUAGCGAAUCCAGCAGCCCAGCCACGACACCUCAGGACGGGCCAAGCUCCAUCAGCCCCUGGAUGCUGGAAGCACCCACAUAUCAUGUGGUCCCACUCCGAAAUAUUCCUGGACAAGUUCAAGGCCGGGCAAGUGCCCCUGCUACUCCAGAGAUUCAGGGAAGACGGGGACAAUCCCAGUCUCUAAGGGUAGAUUCCUUCCGAGUGUGCCCAGAAGGCCGGGGCCGAAGUGCUAUCCCUCGUCGGCGUCCCACACACUAUACAGUGACUGUACCUGACUCUUGCUUCCCUUCAGCAAAACAUCCCCUGCCCCACCCUGCCUAUCACUCUGGCUCUGAAGACAGCAGCUCUGAUGUCUCCAGCAUUUCUCACCCCACCUCUCCAGGCAGUAGCAGCCCAGACAUCUUCUUGCGGCCCAUGUCCCCAUCUGAUCAGUUUUGCUCUCGGAGAGCCUGGGUCUCUGCUGAUGGACGUGAGCUGGCAGCUUAUUGCCCUAAGUUGCUGCUCCCAUCUGGGUAUUUCCCAGCAGAGAGGUAUGUAAUGGUGGCUGACAGGCAACAAGUGCCCGCUGGAUGGGAGCUUUGUCGCCUCGGACCUGGUGCCAUCUAUGAUGAAGAUGGAACGUUUCUGCGCUACCAGCGACUAGUACCUUCUCACAGCCGGAUUGUGAGGACACCAUCCUUGAAGGACAGCCCUGCGGGCCGGGGACUCAGCAAGGCAGCUGUGUCAGAGGAACUCAAAUGGUGGCAUGAGCGGGCACGGUUACGGAGUGCCCGUCCGCAUUCACUAGACCGGCAGGGAGCCUUUCGCAUGAGGAGCCUCCCUCCGAGCAGAGAGAGUUUUGGGAGAGUCGUGGGGAGAACACAGAUGCAUGUGCUGAAGAGGACAUCUGAGGGAACCCCUAUGCAAGUCUAUGUACCAGAGAAUGGAGAAAUCAUCAGCCAAGUAUAAUACUGUGGCUCCCCCUAUUGUGAUUAUGGAGUGCUACUACCCCACUGCUGGGAGGGCACCUUGGACUGGAGUGGGCUGACUGGAAUAGGCUUCAGCCUGUACCCUAAGCCCACCCUGGCACCUCUCCCCAUUUCCCCUACACUCAUUGCAGGUCGAUGAGCAAAGACGUCUUCUCAGACUUCCUCUGAUUUUGGUCUAGGAAGCCUGGCCUGAAAUUUUAUACUUCUGUGUUAUUCUCAAAAAUUUUAUUAAUGUUCUGCUUUAUCCUGUCUUGACUGUCUGUUAACAUUUUGCUGUCUCAAUCAUGACUAUAACCUAUGUUAAGGUUGUUUCAAAGGACGUCAACAGAAGCCAUCUAUGUCCAUUACUCUCUCUGUUAGAGAUCAGACAUCUCCAAAACCCAUGGUGGGGAGAAGGUUACAAGUGUCUCCAAAUCCCCAUGUCUCUACAGGUCCCACGAUCCUGAUGGGGUGGGCUAUUUUUUUUGCUUUCUCUUAGUAAUGUGCUCUGUGAUGCACAGCCCAAAUAAUGGAUUUCUUAGUCCACAGAUCCAUGUAGAAGAGCAAUUUCUUGUCACUUAACCUGGAAGGAAAGAAAGGAAAAGAAUAAAAUGUGACUGGUUUGGCAAGUCUCCAGACUCAACUUCCUACUUCCUAUCUCUACCUCAUGGUAGAGCUCAGUAACGUUACGUUCUCUAAGCUGUAAGAUCUCAUCUUCCGCUUGGAUUUCAGGGCACUGCAUUUGGAGCUGUCCAUUGAGAAGGCAAAGUUUUGUUAACCACACUGGCUCUUGGGUGGAGGAUAACUUAGGGAAAUAUGUGUUGAUUGUAUAACCACUAUGGGAAGUGAGGGUAAGUAAACCUAUGUUUACAUUCUUUGCUUAAACAGAGCAAUCUGUCGAACGUGCUCCAGGACAUAAGAGCCAGGAAGGAAAUCACAGAGGAGAGGAGAGGAAUGCUUUAUACCUCGCACCAACCAGGAACCAGUGCUUCCUACUAGGUUAAGCUAAGGAUUUAGAGGCCUCAGGACUUGGAUGUUAGACUGAAGGGUCCCAUAGAAAAAGGAAAAAGGGUUUCUACUUCAUUGCACUAAGGGUCCCAUAGGAAGACCCAAGGGAAGGAGAAGGAUGGGCCCUAUAAUUCCAUGAUUUACGUGCCAACUCUUGUUCCUUCCCUGUUUCUCAAGACUGGUUCUGAUAAUCAGCUUUAAUUUCUUUUCUAGACUUCAUCUUUUCCCCCACAACCAGAGACCAUUCUACCUUCUCAUUUCUUUUUUUUUUAAUCACCCCAAUGUGUGUAUUUUCUUCUCCUCACCCUGAAAUGUCUCCUCCCCAGUAGCUCCUAAAACCGAGCCAGCCAAGUCCCAGGGACCUCCUUACCACAGAAGUAUUUCUCUGUUUACUUCUUGGUUCUGCAUAGCCCCUGAUGGCAUUAUAAAAUGACCCUUUCUCCAGCUGCGGGGUUGGAACUGUAUGGGGUGUAAUAUCAAAUUCUCCUUAAUAAAAUGUACUUUUUGCGAU